AUGUCCUCUCUUACCUACAUCAACGAAGAAGGUGCUGGUCAAAAGCACAGCGAUCUAUGUCACUACUCCCAAGCGGUCGUGCUUGGAAAUAUUGUUAAAUGUGCCGGCCAAGGAGGAUGGACCGAGACUGGUGAUUUGGACGCCAACAACAUUAAUGGCCAAGUGGAUCUCGCCUUUGCGAACGUGGACAAAGUUCUCCGGGCGACAGGGCUACGCGGAUGGGAAGAUGUCUAUUCGGUUCGCUCGUACCACGUCGAUAUUGAUUCCUCGUUCGAUUACUGUGUGCAAAAGUUGAAGGACCGCAUUCCUAACCAUCGUCCUAUUUGGACUUCUCUUGCUGUCCCUCGAUUGGCAUUUCCGGCGAUGAAGAUUGAGAUUGAGGUCGAGGCCAUCAAACAUGAAUAA